UUGUGUUAGUUGAUUGCCUAAGUAAAAUAUUUGUACACGCUUAGCCUCGCCGAAUUCGGUCGACGCGGCGAAGGCUAAAUCUUUCGGAUACAAAAUCAAAUACCGGAUGCUUUACGAUUGAUGAUUACGAAGUUUAUUUAGAACAGAAUGGCUGCAUUGGUGGGUUGAAUUCUAUUUCCCAGCGAAUAACAACCAGGAAUGCAAAUCAGAUGUAGGCCGUGGGUGUCCGUCGAAAAUGGAAUGAAAUCGUGCAAGCUUCGACAGGGCUUCGACUUACUCAUUAGAAGCUUGAGAUAAUUAUUUCUAAGAAUGAAGAUUACCUGGCAAUCGGUGAAGCCGAAGCUACGGUGUCUUGUAGCUGUUAUUAUACCUGUGCUACUGUGCCCUUUACUUCUGUACGGAACCAGGGAAGCGCGAUGUACUUACGUUAUAGCUCUGAUGGCUGGUUACUGGAUGUUCGAAAUCAUGCCUCUUUCUAUUACAUCAUUACUGCCAGUCUGUCUUUUUCCACUGUUAGGCGUUAUCUCUACGUCUGACGCUUCACUACCGUACAUGAAGGAUUCAAUCAUGCUAUUUUUGGCGGGAAUGAUCAUGGCAGGGGCUAUUGAAAAAUGUAACCUGCACAAGAGAAUAGCCCUUAAAAUUUUGCUUAUCGUUGGAGGGCAAGCUCAGUGGUUGAUGCUGGGUUUUAUGACAACGGCGGCCUUUAUAUCAAUGUGGAUUUCAAAUAUAGCAACUGUACUAAUGCUUCUCCCUAUUGUAGAUUCUGUCGUCGAAGAAGUUGGCAGAAACAGGGAUAGCAGUGAAGCUCAACUCAAACAUCCCGUCGCAGAUAGAUCAUCAUCAUCUUCGCUUUCCAUUAACCGCGGCGGAAGUUCUUCUACCUUUAGAGUCGACGAAAACGCUGACAGAAAUUGGGAAAACGAUCGUCGAGAGCUACAGCGCGGGAUGUUGCUUGCAGUUGCCUACGCAGCGAAUUUAGGUGGUACAGGAUCGCUGCUUGGAACCGCACCAAAUCUUAUCCUUUACGGAAUCAUAGAAGAAAAAUUUCCAGAUUGCGAUGUACUGAGUUUUGCUACGUGGAUGGUGUACAAUGUUCCCCCAUUGAUUCUGGCCGUUUUGUUUGCUUGGGGAUAUCUUUAUUUGUUUGAAUUGCCUAAGAAGUACAAGAAACGUACCGACUCAGAAUCGAGCUACGAGGAUGUUUUAGAGAUGAUCCGCCGACGAUAUCGGGAUUUAGGCCCUAUGUCCUUUCGAGAAUACGCCGUCGUGGUCUUGUUUGGGUUGCUCGUUCUGAUUUGGUUCUUUCGUAAUCCACGAUUUAUGCCUGGAUGGUCUCAACUAAUUCCACAUGGCAACAUAAUCAAGGACGCUACGCCUGCAAUCGGUAUUACCGUUCUGAUGUUCCUCAUCCCAUCCGAUCCUCGUAACCACUUCACCGGGCCCGCUCUCCUCGACUGGAAAUUUGUUCAGGGAUACAUUCCAUGGGGCGUGCUAUUGCUAAUGGGUGCUAGUUUUUCGAUGGCCUCUGCAGCAGAGAAAUCCGGCCUUUCUCGUUUGCUGGGACAAAGUAUCGCUCAGCUGGAGGGACUUCCGCCGUUUGUUCUUGUGGUAAUACUCACAGUAGGAACAGCUUUCAUCACCGAACUCUGCUCAAAUUCGGCGACGGCAUCGCUGCUACUGCCUAUUACAGCUUAUUUGGCGUCCAGUCUGCGUAUUCAUCCGCUCAAGCUGAUGAUGCCAGUCGCAAUUUCUUCAUCGUUUGCGUUCAUGCUUCCAGUUGCCACUCCGCCAAAUGCCGUUAUCUACGAACACUCUGGUAUCCCUACGGCAGAUAUGGUACGCUGUGGCUUCGUAAUGAACGUGGUAUGCAUUACAAUCGAACUUAUAGCAAUUCACACGAUCGGCGAUUGGGUCUUUGACUUAUCCCACUUCCCGCAAUGGGCAGUAUUUACAACGCCCUUUCCGCAUAACUGACAAUGGCAAACGCAUUAAACUGUCAACCUGCACAACUGUAGCGGGACGGGCGCGAAAACAGGCUUUUGAAAUUCUAGCAAAUCGAUAACUUAGAAGCAGACGAACAAUUUUUGAUUUGUUUACAGAAACAUUCCUUGGAAAUCUUGUACAUCAUCUAUAUAUAGUAGAAGAUAGAUCGUUCACUACACACUCAUUCCUGUCUUCUUCUAGAUACAUGUAUUAUGAACAUGUAACAGAUCGAACGUGAAGUGCUGAGUGUAAAAUAAAAAUACGUGCACACUUUCAAUUCGGCAAAUGGCUAUAGAGAGUACCAUCUGUACAGGUGUUUAUCAAUGUUAAGUUAUCUGCUACUUAUAAAUGAAUAUGAGCGAUUUCAGAUUAGGUUACUCAUUCACUGAAACUUCUGGUUAAUGUUCUUCAUGUUGAUGGCAUCAAAUAUAUGCAAGGACAAUUCCCACGACUAACAACGUCUGCAGUUGAACAUUUUGUAAAUACUAUGUACUUAUAUGUAUUAGUACGGCAAUCCAGCUAGAGAGGGUACCCAGAACUACGAUCGCCGCAGCUGCUACAACAUAGCUCGUUUUUGCCAAGGAUGACCAUAACAUACUAAAGAUGAUGCAUACACGCUCAAAAUAAAUAAGUAAGUCUACUCGUAGCCC